UACACUCGAAUGUGGCACACGCAUAGGCAAGUGGCUUUGUUUAUUUUUUGUGCGAACCUGGUGGUUCUAUAAAAAUGUACGACGCUUUGGAACGAUGCCCGGGCGCCUACUGUGGACGAUCGCUGCUUGCCAAUGACACUUGGAGCCAGUGCGGUGUCUGUCCCCGAGGAUCACGGGUGAACGAGAGCUAUGCCUGUUCGCCAUGUCGCGACGAAUUGAGCACAUAUUCGUGGCUAUAUCUGGGCUUUAUGACGAUGCUGCCGCUCAUGAUGCACUGCUUCUUCAUUGACAUGGAUGCCAAGGACCGCAAGUUUUCCCGGAAGCAGCUGAUCCUAACAGCCAGCGCGUUUGUGGAAGUAGCCCUGUCUGCCAUUUUGGCCACCCUGUUCAUGGAGCCGGUGUGGGAGUUCCGAUUGUAUGCGUGCGAGGUGCGCAAGCUCACCGACUGGUACACGUUGUUCUACAAUCCCAGUCCCAACUAUGAGGCGCGCGUCUACUGCACCCAAGAGGCUGUCUAUCCGCUGCAAACUAUUGUGCUGGUCUUUUACUUUCUGUGUUUGGUCAACAUGUUUCUCAUGCGCCCCGUCGUCUGCAAACUGUUGGAUGUGCGUGGCAAAAGCAAAGCGCCCAUUUACUCGGCCCUCUACUUCCUGCCGUUGCUCACCUUUGUCCAUGCCCUGGGUUGUGGCUUGAUUUAUUACUCGUUUCCGUAUCUGAGUGUGGCCAUUUCUAUGGUGGCCAAUGCCAUACACUAUUCCCUUAAACUGGAUCAAACCCUGAAGGCACUCGUCUGUUCCUCAGUGUGGGAGUUGAAGAAUGUGGUCAUCAUUUCUGUGCAUUGGCUUUUGUUGGCUUACGGGAUAUCCUCGCUCAACUAUCACUAUGCCUUCCUAUGUCUUGUGCCGUUUCCAACACUGUUCUACAUACUGACCGUUCGCUUCACCGACCCUGGCGAGUUCCGGGAGCUGGAGUCGCGAAUUUGAUGCGGCAAUGUGCAAAUGCAAAUCUUUCAUACCCGCGGGGCCAGACGGUCGACUGUUGUUAUCUAUGUGUAGCGUGUAGUAUACUGUAGUGCCGUGCCUGUGCGUGUGCGUGUCAUUUAAUUUAUUUUUGCACUUAGUUUGUACGUAAAUAAUAGUUAGAGUUUAAAUAUAUUUAUCGGUAAUUGUAACGCCCAUUAUCAA